AUGUUGUUAAAAAACUUUGUUUUCCUAUUCAUUGCAACAGCAACCACUGUGUUUGCUAGUUACGAUGUUUCUAGCUCAUUAAUUCAUUAUCAUGAUUUCGACUUUAAUGUCGGUGAUAUUUCCAUUCGGAAUGGUGCAUCAUUUUCAUUAGUUAAUACUUUCGAUUGUCUUUUUAAAGGAGAUCUUACCAUUGAAGAAAAAUCCAAGUUAUACAUUACAUCUACUGGUAGAGCUUUAUUACUCAAUGUCGCUGGAUUAUUCAACAAAGUUAAAAAUGAUGGUUUAUUGGUUAUCAACACUAUCGAGUCUUAUGCUGCAGCCAUUUGUAACAUUUUUGGUGCUUCAUUCGUUAACACUGGUGAUGCUAUCUUUGCUUUCCAAGGGAAAUGGUUGCCACCAAUUAUUGCCUUUACUGCUCAACAAUGGCAGAAUUAUGGACGUGUGCAUAUUUUUCAAAAGUUCCCCUCAAAGGCUUUGGCUAUCUUGGGUCGUUUUGGUGGCUCAAUUGAAAACUAUGGUACUCUUUGUUUUACCAAUCUGAUUUUUAAACAAGUAACUACCAUCGAUGGUAGUGGUUGUAUUGCCUUAGAGAAGAGCUCGUCAUUUUUCAUUGAAAAUUCGUUGUUCCCAAUUGAUAAAGAACAGGUUAUAUACAUGGGUGAAGGUAAUCCAAGUAUACAAGUUGUUGCAACAACAUUCCCACAAACAUUUAAAGUUGCUAACUUUGGUGGUAACGGUGCUCAUAAAAUUGGAUUGAAUUUACCUUUAUUGAACUUACCACUUCUUAAUAAACGUGGUUGGUCUUAUAAUGAAAGGACUGGUAUUUUGACAUUGAAAGUUACUGAUUUACUUACCCAAAAUUUUGAUAUUGGUCUUGGUUACGAUCCUUCUAAAUUUGAACUUUGUUCCGAUGAAUCUGUUGGAUUCCUUUUUGUUUUCCAUGGUGCUAUUAAAUAUAAUGGUCCAGCCCCAAAUCCGGGCAGACCAUCCAUUUGUCAAGUUUGUCCAGGACUUCAUCCUGCUCCAGGUGCUGAACCAACUACUUCAACCAACUCUAUCACUACAACCAAAACUGAUGGUUCCAUUUGUACUGAAAUUGAUGCUGUUGUUGUUUCUUCUGAUCAAUCUGGAUCCUGGUAUACAAGUACUUCUGGUAUUAGCACUGUCUGCGGUGCCACAUCUGAAGCUCCUAUUCCAAACCCUCGAGUUACUAUCACCACUACUUGGACCCAAGUCACUACUGCUACCGUCACUGAAUCUGGUACCAAGACUGACACUGUGAUUGUCCAAGUCCCAUAUACCCCAAAUCCUCAAGUUACUGUCACUACUACUUGGACUGGAACCUAUGUUACUGCAAGUACUAUUACUGGUGAUAAAACCGAUACUGUUAUUGUUGAUGUCCCAGAAACUACCACUUCUUGUUUAACUACAACUAAUACUUGGACUGGAGAAUACAUAACCACCAUUACCACUUCUGGUUGGGUCAUUAUUGAAAUUCCAACUGAAAGUGUUGCCACCUAUGUUUACACAGACUCACAAGUGACACCUACUAAAGCUACUGCUACAUCUGAAGUUACUGCUGUAACAAGUGCAACUACUGGUAAUGAUAACACUGCUUCUGCAACUGGUGCUACUGGCAACAACAACAACAAUGAUUCUACAACUGGUGCUACCGGUAAUGAAAAGAAUAAAUCCACACCUUCCACUGCAGGUAAUGUCAACACUGCUGCCACCACUACUACUGGUAACGGAAACAAUGAUUCUACAACUGGUGCUACUGGCAACAACAACAACAAUGAUUCUACAACUGGUGCUACCGGUAAUGAAAAGAAUAAAUCCACACCUUCCACUGCAGGUAAUGUCAACACUGCUGCCACCACUACUACUGGUAACGGAAACAAUGAUUCUACAACUGGAGCUACUGGAAACAACAACAUUGAUUCUACAACUGGUGCUACCGGUAAUGAAAAGAAUAAAUCCCCACCUUCCACUGCAGGUAAUGUCAACACUGCUGCCACAACUACUACUGGUAACGGAAACAAUGAUUCUGCAACUACUACUGGUAAUGUCAACACCGAUUCUACCACUAAUACUGGAAACAACAACAACAUUGAUUCUACAACUGGUGCUACUGGUAAUAACAAUAGUGCUUCUACAACUGCCACUACUGAUAAUGUGAACACUGCUUCUACUACUGGUGCUACUGGUAAAGAUAACAAUGAUUCUGCAACUACUACUGGUAAUGUCAACACUGCUUCUACCACUAAUACUGGAAACAACAACAACAAUGAUUCCACAACUGGUGCUACUGGAAACAACAACAAUGAUUCUACAACUGGAGCUACUGGCAACAACAACAACAAUGAUUCCACAACUGGUGCUACAGGUAACACUUUAUCCACGGUCACUACUGGUAACGAUAACACAGCUUCCACUACUGGUGCUACUGGUAAUGACAAUAGUGCUUCUACAGCUUCCACUACUGAUAAUGUGAACACUGCUUCUGCAACUGGUGCUACUGGUAAAGGUAACAAUGAUUCUGCAACUACUACUGGUAAUGUCAACACUGCUUCUACCACUAAUACUGGAAACAACAACAACAUUGAUUCUACAACUGGUGCUACUGGUAAUAACAAUAGUGCUUCUACAACUGCCACUACUGAUAAUGUGAACAUUGCUUCUGCAACUGGUGCUACUGGUAAAGAUAACAAUGAUUCUGCAACUACUACUGGUAAUGUCAACACUGCUUCUACCACUAAUACUGGCAACAACAACAUUGAUUCUACAACUGGUGCCCCAACAACCAGUGAUUUUAGUGGCUCUACAGAAUCUCAAUCCAGAGAAACCAAACAUACCAAAUCAAAGAACACCGAGACACAUAAAACCAAAUUGACAGAAACAAGCACUUCUUUGGCUGCCAUUUCAUCAUCUCUGGAAUUCCCCUUUGAAAAUACUUCAAAUCUGAUUUGUCAAUGUACUCCAGUGACCGUCACCAAAUAUAUCCCUCAGUCGAACAUCCCAGAAAAUACUGAAUCUACAACUCAAUCUACUUCUGCUUUAACUCCUGCAACAAGUCAAGAAAUAGCUUCCCAGCCUUCUUUCCAUAGCAAAGUUGAAUCCACUACUGUUGUCUCGUCUGCAACAAGUCAAGAAAUAGCUUCCCAGCCUUCUUUCCAUCGCAAAGUUGAAUCCACUAAUGUCGUCUCAUCUGCAACAAAUCAAGAAUCAACCACUAACUUCUCUUCAGAAACCGAUGUUCAGUCAAGUUCUCAAUUUGUCACUCCUACUAAUGCUGUUCAUUCUUCAUUAUCAACAGAAUACUACACUACUGGUGUCACUUCUUACUACACAAGCUAUGUCACUGUUACUGCUGAAACAACCAAAGUCGUCACCUUGACUUCUUGUGCUAAUGAUGUUUGUCAUAAAACAACUGCAACAACUGGUGUCACUGUUGUCACACUCAGUACUUCUGAUAUCCAAACUGUCCUUACAACUUAUGCUCCAUUGACUCAAACAGUGACUUUGGGAAUCACUGGUUCAGCAACUUUUGAUUUAGGUUGUCCAACCGGCCACUUUGGUUACAAGGGCUACAUUGGAAAAGGUGUUGAAAUUAGUCCAAACGGAAUAAAGGCUAAUGCCAAUGCUGGUUUUAAUGUUGGUUUUGACGCAAUCAAACGUGACCAAAAAGUGGUAAACUCCACUAAUGUCACUGUUCAAUCUUCUAAGAAUGCUGGUGCUAUUAAUUCCAUCUAUAGCAGUAUUGAACUCUUAUGUGCUGUUACAGCUAUUAUGGCUUUAAUUUUUUAA